AUGGCUGAAAAAUUGUCUACGUUAUUUGUUUUGGCAUGGGGUUUCUGGUAUCGCAGGAACAAAUUUGUGAAUGAACAGGAACUGUUAGUGUCUGAAAGAGCUGCCGAGAAUGCCUAUGUUCUGUUGAGAAGUCAUGCUCAAGUCAGUAUUAAGACACGAAGUCAGACUCUGAAACAUUAUAAAUGGCAUCCCCCUUCGGCUGGUUGCUUGAAAUUAAAUGUGGAUGCUGCAGUAUUUCCUGAGUGGGAUAAGGCAGGUGUGGGGCCAGUGCUGAGAGAUGAAAAUGGCAGAGUCAUCAUGGCUCUUAGCCGUGCAGAAAUUCCCAUGGAGGGUUCAGAAGGAAUAGAGCUCCUAGCCAUUUUUAGAGGCUUGCAACAAUGUGCUACUAUGGGUGUUUCCAAUAUUGUAGUGGAAAGCGACAGUUUGUUGAGUAUUGAUGCGCUAAAUGAUGAUAACAUGACUAAUUCAAUGUUAGGUGUGCUUUAUUAUGAGAUUAAGAAACUUGCUACUUGUUUUGAUGCUUGUCUGUUUUCUCAUGUAUAUAGGGAAGGCAAUAUGGUAGCUCAUAAGUUGGCUAGAAAUGCUUUUAAGAUUGAAAGUAUGGAGGUUUGGUGGAAUUGUAUUCCAAACUGUAUUUCUCAAACCGUAUGGUUUGAUGAGUGUCUGUAA